CGGCACUUUCUUUUUGCCUCGGCCCUUCUCCGCAUCAGAGUAGCGGCGGCGCCACAUCCGGCUGGACAGCGUCGAUCAACGCGGAUCCACCUCACCUCACUUAAUUGUCGAGGGGGUUUCGCGAGACACCAUAUCCAAGUGUCACCGUCUGCCUUGUGACGCCGUAGGCCACCCUCUCUGCACUCGCGACCGGACCAAGGAUCCGAGGGACCCCCGUCACAUCGAGAGCAAUGGCGGGCCGAGUGCGCCAGCCGAUUGACGUGGGUGCUCUCGAGGCAUACUUGUGUGACAAGAUAAGCGGCUUCAAGGGCCCGCUCGAGGUCAAGCAGUUUGGCUUUGGCCAGUCCAACCCGACAUACCAGCUCGUUUCGGGCACCGGCACGAAAUACGUCAUGCGCAAGAAGCCUCCCGGGAAGCUGCUGUCGACUUCGGCACACCAGGUCGAGCGCGAGUACCGCAUUCUGCACGCCCUAGCUGGGACCGACGUGCCUGUCCCGGCUGUGUACUGCCUGUGCGAGGACACGGCAGUCAUUGGCACGGCGUUCUACGUCAUGGAGUUCCUCGAUGGCAGGAUCAUCGAGGACGCCGCCAUGCUGGAGUAUCCCGCCCAAGACAGAAGUCUCAUGUGGCAGUCCGCAGUCGAGACACUCGCCAAGCUGCACCGCAUCGACUACAAAGCCCUGGGCCUCGACACCUUUGGCAAGAGCAGCGGAUUCUACAACCGCCAGCUCAAGACGUGGCAGAUCACCGCCGCGUCCCAGGAAAAAGCCGUCGACGUCGACACGGGCGAGCCUGUAGGCAGCAUCCCGCACUUCCCGCAGCUGCUCGCCUACUUUGCCAGAGAGCAGCCGCGGGACCGGGCGACCAUCGUGCACGGCGACUUCAAGAUCGACAACCUCGUCUUCCACAAGACGGAGCCCCGCGUCAUCGGCGUCCUGGACUGGGAGAUGAGCACCAUCGGCCAUCCGCUGUCCGACCUCUGCGGCCUUCUGGGCGUGUACUACACGACAGACGCCGACGUGGAGUGGACAAUGCAGAACAGGGCCUUCAAGGCCGGCUGCACGCCGGGCCUGCCGACCGUCGACGGGGCGCUGGGCCAGUACGCAGCCGUGGCAGAGUGGGAUCCCAAGCCGGACAUGCAGUGGGCCAUGGCGUUCUCCAUGAUGAGAGGCGCGGUGAUAUGCCAGGGCAUCGCUGCGAGGGCGGCGAGGCGCCAGGCGUCGAGCGAGGAGGCAAAGAGGUAUGCUGACUCGUUUGUGCCCAUGGCCGAGUAUUCUUGGGCAUUGGUGCAGCGGCGGGCUGCCGAGAAGGGGAUCGAGCCGGGGGCGUCCAAAUUGUGACCUGGGUGGAUAUCGUCUGGAGACUGCAAGCAAAGGGAGUCAAAGAAAAGGUUAUGUUGUUUGGUGAGAGACAUCAUCUAGCCAGCCUCUGAAAUGAUCGUCGGCAUGUGAUAAUGGAAUUGCUACAGAUAUGAUGUUCUGAUUUAUCGAGGUGGAAAUGUAGCAUUAGUCUAUCCACUCUCCUUGAACUUCUGUGGGCUGACUUAUUGCUCGGAUCUUUGAUGGCAGCUUACGGUUUAUGGGAGGGAGAUCAAGACAGCAUUGACUAAGGUGGAGAGAAGAGUAUAAGAGGUGCGGCACAAGACUUGUGCGUGUGGGGCCUCUGUCAUCCACAACCGGAGUUCUGUUCGGCCGUCUCCCAGUGGAUGGUGUGCGUACAGGUAGUCCUUGGCAGGGAGGAGAGCUACUCGGUGAGGC